GGAGAUAACCACUAAAUAAAGUUCUGAAGAUUCAAGAUGGUUGUUUUGAAAGGAGUUCCGCGUAUUUUGUCUCCACAAUUGCUGUUUGCCAUGAGUCGCAUGGGCCACGGAGAUGAACUGGGUAUGUUUUAAAUACAAUUAUGAUUUAUAAUAUCCAAAAGUUUAUAUAAAACUUUCUAAACUUCGGGAGUUUCAAACAGUCAAACACGGAGGUUGUCUGUCACGUGCUAAAUUUUGUCCAAAGUUAUCUAGUCAUUGCAAUGUUUUUAGGUGAAACUGCACUAUAUGUGCAGCUAUUAAAGUUCUUCUGAAAAAAUCUGUUGCAAACUCUUUAUUUCUGUUACUUGGACUUUAUAAAAUAUGGUUUCUUUUACAGUUUUGGCAGAUGUAAAUUUUCCAUCCAGUUCUGUCUGUAGAAGUGGUCCAGAAGAGAUCAGAGCUGAUGGUAAAUAUAAAACGUUACCUCACUAUGCCUUACCAUACUCUACCAUUAUACCAUGCUACCAUAUCACACCAUAUUCCACCACCAUGUAUACUAUACCAUAACACAGUAUAUGUUCUAUCAUAUACCAUACCACACCAUGUGGUACCACACUACCAACAUCAUACAAUACUACCAAACCAUACUCUACCCCAACAUACCAUACUAUACUACAUAAAUCAUACAAAACCAUGCUACCAAGUAUCAUGGUCUAUUUUAAUACAAACAUUUUCAACAUUAAGGUCAUGGUAUUCCAGAGUUACUUGAAGCAAUCUUGAAGUUUUUCCCUCUGGAUACUUAUGUUAAAGAACCUGUAAGUGUGCUGCACUAAAAGUAAUUUACAUGAGGGAAACCAUUUUGUGAAUUCAGAGUACAAAAUUUGCAGCAAGCAAUUGUAUUUGUAUAUUCCAGGCUCUCUUGAUGCAAGUUACUCCAAGUGAUGUUGAAAAGGGAAUGAAAUCUCCCGUUGUUUGGGACAAGUACAAGGAAAUAAUAAACACUGCUGAAGGGCACCAGGUACAUGACAUUUUCAUGUUGCAAAUGAAGCAACCAAAGAUUACAUUGCAUGCGCAAGUGCAAGAGAGCAGUUACUCUGCACUCUUAGGCCAUGACUUUCUUUCUCUUUUGUAAACUGAAAUAAAGGCCUUGAUUUAAACUUCUGUUGUCUAGAUUUCAGUUGGAACAAUUGAACGAUUUGCAUUCUACGAACGAGCAAAGAAGUCAUUUGCAGUGGUUGCUACUGGGUAAGUGUUAUCUUGAUGAUUGUACUUUUUAAAAACACCAGAAUAUAAUGUAUAGUCACCAGAUGUAGUUGAAGUUAGCACUAGUGGCCUGUAUCAACAUCAACCACCCAUGCUCAAGACCAUAUUCACCAUGCAUUCUGAAAGCAUGAAUACUUGAUUUAUAGCUUUUUUUACCUAAUUUUUUGUGGCAGAAGAACCUUUGAAAUAUCAGCACCCAUGCAUGAAUAGGCUUUUUCUUAUAUAGGGGUGCACCGGAUUUGGAAUUUUGAUUUGAAUUUACCAGAUUUGGACAAAAAUUCCGGCCGGAUUUGCCAGAUUUGAGAUAAACCGGUAAUGGGAACAAUUGGGGAUAAAUCAGUAUUCAAAAUGGCGGUUUAUGUUUUUUACUAUUUUUAGUUAGUGUCAGUUUAGAUUUGUGUUUAAACCUUUGAUUGUGUUUAAACCUUUUUUAAAUAUCUUUUUGUUAAUAACUUAAUAUUUUAAAAUAGUAUAAGUUUUUUUUAAACUUUAAAGCUGCCAAAUUGAUGGUUUAUCCCAUUCUUGGUGAAUUUUUUAAGGUGAAAACAGAAAUUUAAAUCCUGCCGGAUUUUCUCCAAAUCCGGCCAGAUGCCGGAAAAUUUGUUAAAUCCGGCCAGAAUUCCAGCCGGAUUUCAAAUCUGGUGCACCCCUAUUCUUAUAUUAACUAAAACAUGAAAAAACAAUUUAUGUGAUAUCAAAUUUUACACACAAUGUGCAAUACAAAUUGUUGCCAAGCUAAUUAAAUUUCAUGUAAAAUUUACAUUGUGAAUUCUUGCUAAAAUUGUCCCUAGUAUUGGUAGUGUCUGUUAGAUCAGUGGUAGUGCCCUAAUAUCUGCAAGAUGCAAUUAGUCUGAUAGCAGGUUUUGUGUUUCUCUUGUAGAGAGACAGCCUUGUAUGGGAACAUUAUUCUUGUUAAAGGAGCACUACCACCUGAAUAAGUCUGGAAAAUUUAAAUUAUGACAAUCUAAUAAGUAGAACAAUAUGGCAGAUUGUAUCAUGCAAACUCGAUACAGACCAUAAUCCUAGACCUCCUUAUCUAUGUUUUUGACUUAGUUUAUGCAAGAAAUCAGGGUGUUAGCCAGAAGUAAAAAAAAUCUGUGUUUACCUGAAAUUGGGAAAUUUAUUUUGGGGGCAUGCGGUUGCAUCCUCUCGAUUUUUAAAAUUUUUGUGUCUCUGAAAUGGCAUUUCCCGCAUUUUGGGAGUAAUUUUGAGCAAAUGUAGUAAUAAACAUGUUUUUAAAUAAUGGCGUAUUAACAACAUUGAAUUUCUAUAACUAUUUUUUGGCUGACCCAAAUUGGGAAAUUGCGACCUCAAGGUAAUUGGGAAAACUGUGUUUAACACGGAAUUUUUUACAGUGGCUAACACCCUGGAAAUGGUCGGCUCAUCACGUGUAUUUUUGCCAGAUCAACCAAUUAAUAGCUACGUUUUUAAUUUAACCAGUAAUAUCACAACUAGGUAAAUAAACCAACCAUUUCCUGCAUAAACCAAGGCAAAAACAUCGAUAAUGAGGUCUAUUACGUUUGCAUCGAGUUUCCUGACCUUCUUAUAUAUUCUAUUGACUAUGGUAAUUGUUAAAUGAGCUUAAUUUUUCUGUUGAUUUUAAUUCAUUUCUUGCAAAUUAUAAGAGAUUAUUCCCAAUAAUAACUAUGUAUACAAAACAUCAUCUAACAUGCAACGCUACUAUUUUUUGUUAUAAUAAUACAACUAUAAUUAACUCUCUAUCAGUCGUGAAUAAAGUGUACAAAACACACAGAAAACAGUUUUAAGUGAAGUAUCUUAGCAUAGUCUACUAUUUUAUAAAUACUCUGUUUUUAAAAGUGGGGAAAGCAGGCAGUUUUUAUCAGUUUUCUUUCAGCUUUCUUGAUCAGUGAAAAACUUAGCAAAAACUCUAUGGGUAGACCUUACAACCGCCCCCACUCCAGAAUGAUUCGAGUCUCGUUUGCGUAGCGUAGCCUCAUGCUGUGUUAAUGAUGGCACAUCUUGAUGUCACGGUUCGUUGUAGCUAUUAUGAAGUAUCGAUGUUCGUGGCCGCUGAACCAGGAGGCGCACCUCCGGGGGACAACUUCGUAGGAUGGAUAGAGCUUCCUAUAUGAGAAAGAACAGACAGUGAUUUAUAUUAUAAGAAAAAAACGAUUUCAAAACAAUAUUUUUUCUGUAGCCAAGUAACACUGAGUGAACUAUUAAAACUAACAAUACCUUGUAUGUCAAUCGUUCUAAACUAUUUCCAUUUACCUGAAAAAGAAAAGUCAAAAGAUGCAAAAGCUGUUAUAUUUCCUCAGAUAUGAAGAUUUAUU